GUCUCGAACAUCGAUUCGACACCAUGGCAGAGACUGAGCUCGAGGCCCUCGCCCUGCAGGAGGCGGACAAGGUGGUGACGGAGACGCUCAACGCGCGCGCCGCCGCCCUCGCGCAGCUCGUCGUGCAGGCCUGCCCGCCCAAGCCGCUGUCCGAGCUCGAGGAGUCGUACAAGGCGUGCGGCUCCGGCACCAACAAGGCCGUGGCCGGCCUGCUGCGGACGGUGCGCGAGGAGGCGGCGGCGGCGGUGGACCACCUCAAGCAGGCGGAGCUGUGGCUCAUCCUCAAGGCGCCUGCCGUCAGCGACGGCAACAACUUUGGCGUCGAGGUCCAGGCGUUUGUGCUCGGCGAGCUGAAGGCGCUGCGGACGGGCUUCUCGGCGAUGGUGGCUCUGCCGGCAGAGUACCACCAGGCGCGCGCGCAGGGCCUCGAGAAGGUUGCGCAGGACUCGAGCAAGGACCACGACGAGAGCAGUACAACCGAGACGGAGACGAGCACCGAGGAGGGCAAGACCAAGGAGAAGAAGGUCGUCAAGACAGUCAACAAGUGCUCCCAGGGGUCGAAGAGCAAGCCGACGCUCGCAGACUACGAGGACUACACCGCCGCCCUCGACGUCAAGCACUAUCACCUUGGCAAGGAGGCGCUUGUCGACCUGAGGAACGGGUACAUGAAGGCGGCUGCGCUCUUCAACAAGAACCUGAAGCGGCUCUCCGACCCGCGCGGGGAGGCGUCCGGCGGAGGGUACAAGAACACGAUGUCCAUGUUCUGAGAGGGAGGAGGCUCGGUGGGGCGGCGCGGCGCGGCGCGGCUGGUCUCGCCCCCGCGCACUGGACCACCGCGGGUUUGCGCGGCGGACGGCGGUGUCAUCGGCGUUGGCGGUCCGGCGGGCGGGCGGGGCGUCGCCGUUUUACGGGCGGAGAGGUCAGAGGAGCUGCAGAGCGUUUUCAUUGGGCCCACACUGCUCGAGCUCUCCGUCGAUAGAUGUGAGAUCACGGCAGGGCGCCAAGGCGUGGAGGAUGUGUAUUCCGUCUGUGUUUGGAUGUUGUCGUACACUGAUCACUUGUCACAGUGGACCACGCGCAAUGCCGCAAACCGAGAUAUUCGCCGAUAACACCGUGUGUUCGUCCUGUUUGAGACCGCCGAUGUGCGAAUCUC